ACCGGAUAGGCACGCAUGCCUCCCCUAAAGCCCGAUUAUGUAGGGGCUACAUUGCUGCGCCCGUCGGCAUCGUGAAAGCACACAUGCACAAAGUUUAUUGAUGAUGAGUGACGUCAUCGUAUGAUAUAUAUGAUGUCGCCUGUGACUUCUCUGAUCAUUGAGAUACGUCCAAACCACGUCCGAUUACCUUUGAAGUUUAUCAAACAUUCUUAUCAGCUAUCAUCAUGUCCAUUCAAGGGUGUCAGAACUUGACCGCGAUUGACCCAAGCGGAAUCAAUUCCAACUCUUUCUGCUAUGUAGUGGGCGGUACUCCUGGGCUAGAUUCCUGCUGCAAACAAUUGGGCAACAGUACCGUACAAGUGUCGGGUUGCAAUGCCUGGUGUCAGCUUCCAAAGGAAAUAACCCUGGGCGCAUAUGGCGGAAAUGAUGCGUUCGGCCAAUGCGUUAAAAGCCUCCCGAACUACUCCUCCCCUGGGUUGGGUUGUCGCUACUCUGACUCGGAACCUACCACUACCACUUCCACCUCGUCUACACCGGCCCCCUCUUCGACUACAACUACAUCUGCUACCAACACACCGGGAAAAGGCGCUGCAGUGCACGUACAGAGCAUGAGUUUAACGACUGUUCUCGUCUCUGCGCUUCUCGUUGGGGGAUUUGUGUCAUCGGGUGCACUACUUGGUCUAGCUUGAUGUAUAUGAGGCUGCCAGGAAGAUAAUCCACACACGAAACUCGUGUUUGCAAGGCUUGUUUGCUCACGCCGUAAAUGCUUCGUAAUCUCACAUACAGGUAGUUCCCAGUAGUAGUUUGCAAAGACCCGGAGAGGCUUAGCAUUAACAUCUGCAGGUCUUUUCAGACCCUCUGUUGAUCGUUAAUCCGCC